AGACCACCACAGGUUCGCAACCCAUCUGUUAGCGAAGCCGGGGUCGUCUUGCAAGAAAAGAAUCAUUUAGUACCACACCCAACCGAUUACUUUCUUUUUUAUAUUUUUAAUUCCGCGCCAGUGGAAUAUUUUAUUUGCUUUCCUUUUGUUUACAUAAUUAUUUCUGAUUCGCCUCUCUCUCUCUCUCUCUCUCUUAUAUCUCUCGUUGUAUGUUCAUUCUAUAAUGUGGGGGUGGGUGUUUCUUGUAAUGGGUGCCUGAGAGAGUGGGCAAAAGGGCAGAGGAAGAAGCUACGGGAAAAGGAAAACAAGAAGGCGAAACUGUGUUAUUUGUGGGCUUUUGAGUGAUGAGAGAGGCUGAGAGGGAGGUUUGGUAAAGUGGUUGUCUCUGAUUUUGAAGGCUCUAAGGCUCUGAUGGAUACCAAAGGACGACUUAUUGCUGGUUCUCACAACAGGAAUGAGUUUAUUCUGAUCAAUGCUGAUGAAAUUGCCCGAUUAACAUUGCUAUGGCUAUGGCGAGUCUCAGGUGACCUCCGUUAAAGAACUGAGCGGGCAGAUUUGCCAGAUCUGUGGGGAUGAGAUAGAGAUUACAGUCAAUGGCGAGCCAUUUAUUGCCUGCAACGAAUGUGCCUUUCCGAUGUGCAGACCUUGCUAUGAGUAUGAAAGAAGAGAAGGCAAUCAGGCCUGCCCUCAGUGCAAAACCAGAUUCAAGCGCAUCAAAGGGUGUCCUAGAGUUGAAGGCGAUGAAGAAGAGGAUGAUACCGAUGAUUUGGAGAACGAGUUUGAUAUUGGGAGCAACUCUCACCACCUUGCUGAGGCCAUGCUCUCUGCUCGCCUUAAUGUCGGCCGUGGUUUCCAAGCCACGAUUGCCACACCCUCGGAGCUGGAUUCUGCCUCUGUUGCUCCAGAUAUCCCUCUCCUGACCUAUGGCGGCCAUGAGGAUGCUGGAAUAUCUUCUGACAAGCACGCUCUUAUUAUUCCCCCAUUUAUGAGUCGUGGAAACCGGGUCCAUCCGAUGCCGAUUUCUGACUCUUCUGUGUCCAGUCAACCCAGACCAUUGGAUCCUAAGAAAGACUUAGCUGUGUAUGGGUAUGGAACUGUUGCAUGGAAGGAGCGAAUGGAGGAGUGGAAAAAGAAGCAAAAUGAAAAACUUCAGGUGGUUAAGCACCAAGGCGGAGACAGCGGUAGAAACCAUGAUGGAGAUGAACCAGAUGAUCCUGAUUUGCCCAUGAUGGAUGAAGGCAGGCAGCCACUUUGGAGGAAGUUAGCAAUUCCUUCAAGCAAGAUAAAUCCAUACAGAAUGAUAAUUCUUCUCCGAAUUGUGAUUCUUGGCUUAUUUUUCCAGUAUAGAAUUACCCAUCCAGUCAAUGAUGCAUAUGGAUUGUGGUUAACAUCAGUGAUUUGUGAAAUAUGGUUUGCUGUGUCUUGGAUAUUUGAUCAGUUCCCCAAAUGGUGCCCAAUUGUACGAGAAACAUACCUCGAUCGUUUGUCACUGAGAUAUGAGAAGGAAGGGAAGCCGUCUGAAUUAGCUGAUAUAGACAUAUUUGUGAGUACGGUAGAUCCGAUGAAAGAACCUCCACUUAUCACUGCAAAUACGGUUUUGUCCAUCCUCGCUGUAGAUUAUCCAGUUGACAAAGUUGCAUGCUAUGUCUCGGAUGAUGGUGCAGCCAUGCUUACCUUUGAAGCCCUCUCUGAGACAUCUGAGUUUGCAAGAAAGUGGGUCCCAUUCAGCAAGAAGUUCAACAUUGAGCCACGGGCCCCCGAAUGGUAUUUUGCCAAGAAGAUUGACUAUUUGAAAGACAAAGUAGAUCCAGCAUUUGUAAGAGAACGGCGUGCAAUGAAGAGGGACUAUGAAGAGUUCAAAGUCCGGAUUAAUGGGUUGGUAGCCAUGUCACAAAAAGUUCCUGAGGAGGGUUGGACAAUGCAGGAUGGGACUCCAUGGCCUGGGAAUAUUGUCAGGGAUCAUCCUGGAAUGAUCCAGGUCUUCCUUGGUCAAAAUGGUGUUCGUGAUGUUGAAGGAAAUGAACUACCUCGCCUGAUUUAUGUAUCCCGUGAGAAGAGACCAGGAUUUGAUCACCACAAGAAGGCUGGGGCCAUGAAUGCUCUGAUGCGAGUCUCAGCAAUCAUCUCAAAUGCUCCUUACCUCCUGAAUGUCGAUUGUGAUCACUAUAUAAACAACAGUAAGGCGCUUCGUGAAGCCAUGUGCUUCAUGAUGGACCCCACAUCUGGAAAGAAAAUCUGUUAUGUACAAUUUCCUCAAAGAUUUGAUGGGAUUGACCGUCAUGAUAGAUACUCGAAUCGCAAUGUUGUAUUUUUUGAUAUCAAUAUGAAAGGAUUAGAUGGGAUCCAAGGACCAAUAUAUGUCGGGACUGGAUGUGUCUUCAGGAGGCAGGCACUCUAUGGAUAUGAUGCCCCCAUCAAGAAGAAACCCCCUGGGAAAACAUGUAAUUGUUGGCCAAAAUGGUGCUGCUGCUGUUUUGGAUCUAGAAAGAAGAACAAGAAAAAGAAGUCAAAUGAAAAAAAGAUUAAAAACAAGGAGGCUUCAAGUCAGAUACAUGCACUAGAAAAUAUUGAGGAGGGAAUCGAAGGAAUAGAUAAUGAAAAAUCUUCCCUAAUGCCCCAAAUAAAAUUUGAGAAAAAAUUUGGCCAGUCUCCAGUUUUCAUGGCUUCAACACUUAUGGAAGAUGGUGGAGUUCCAAAAGGAGCAAGUUCUGCAUCACUCUUGAAGGAAGCAAUCCAUGUCAUUAGCUGUGGUUAUGAAGAUAAAACAGAAUGGGGGAAAGAGGUUGGGUGGAUAUAUGGCUCAGUUACAGAGGAUAUACUAACAGGAUUCAAAAUGCACUGUCAUGGCUGGCGAUCAGUGUAUUGCAUACCGAAAAUGCCGGCAUUUAAGGGCUCAGCUCCUAUAAACCUCUCAGAUCGUCUACACCAGGUCCUGCGAUGGGCCUUGGGAUCUGUUGAGAUUUUCUUCAGUAAGCAUUGUCCAAUAUGGUAUGGAUAUGGGUGUGGCUUGAAACCACUGGAGCGUUUUUCUUAUAUAAAUUCGGUUGUUUAUCCUUUGACAUCAAUUCCUUUGCUUGCUUACUGUACCUUGCCGGCUAUCUGUCUCCUUACUGGGAAGUUCAUCGUCCCCGAGAUCAGCAACUAUGCGAGUCUCAUAUUCAUUGCCCUCUUCAUAUCCAUAGCUGCAACUAGUAUCCUUGAGAUGCAGUGGGGACAUGUUGGCAUACAUGACUGGUGGAGGAAUGAACAAUUCUGGGUAAUUGGCGGCGUCUCAUCACACCUGUUUGCUCUCUUCCAGGGUCUGCUUAAGGUUUUGGCAGGGGUUGAUACAAACUUCACUGUUACAUCCAAAGCUGCUGAUGACGGGGGUUUUUCUGAGCUCUACCUCUUCAAAUGGACAUCUUUGUUGAUCCCCCCCUUGUCCUUGCUGAUCAUAAACAUAAUUGGAGUUAUAGUCGGGGUCUCAGACGCCAUCAAUAACGGUUAUGAUUCAUGGGGUCCGCUCUUCGGUAGGCUGUUUUUCGCCCUCUGGGUCAUUGUUCAUCUUUACCCAUUCCUUAAGGGAAUGAUGGGGAAACAGGACAAGGUUCCCACUAUUGUUGUUGUCUGGUCAAUCCUUCUAGCAUCAAUUUUCUCUCUUCUAUGGGUCCGAAUCAACCCGUUUGUGGCAAAAGGCGGUCUUGUAUUAGAACUUUGUGGUUUGGAUUGUGACUAAGAUACACAGCACAGAAGGUUGAAGUUGAGUUCUAUUAUGUAGCAUAAGUGGGCUGAGUUUUUUGGUCAAAAGUGAAUAGAUCGCUUGGGCAGCUGUGGUUUGUUAACGAGGAUUAUCUUGUGGUAAAGCAAAGCUGCAGUGGGCAAAUCCUGUUCAUGUGCAUGUAGAUACAGAGGACAGGAUCUGACUCUGAUAUUUGUUCAGCAUAGAUUCUUUUUUUUAUACGUGGGAUUUUAUAGGUCGGAAGGGUUGAUUGUGUUCAGAUGAUCAGAUUGUAAUCCCAAGAGAAGAUAAAAAGAAAAGGUGAGUUUGAUUCAUGAUUUGUAUUCCCUCCUCAACAAGGGACUUCGUAUAAAAGUGUCAUCGUCAGUAAAAUGUUUGUCCUUCAAUUCACCACGCAGAACUAUGAUUAGAUUUAUUGGUGUAAUUUUUAAUUGUUAAUAAAAAUCCCAGCAUUCUAGUA